GAAGAAUAGGCUACUUGCUUCUCACAUUUGUAAUUGGUCUUAUAAAGAGUAAUUGAAAUAAAAACAAGUGAACAAAAUAAAUGAUUAAACAGUGGGCGGGUUUCUUUGUUGGGUCGCUUCGAUCAGCACGGGUCGAAGUACAUCUUGUGAAUUAUAAGAAAGGCAGUGCUCUGCUCAGACACGGGACAAACUGCAAUAAAAGGAAAUGUCCUUUAACACUUCCAACUGCUGCGCGCGUGCCCGGUGAUUUUUGACCCAUUGCUUUAUUUAUCGGGCGCGCGCACGGGUUAGGGAGUCGCGCGCAAUGAAGCAAUAGCCGCACGCCAGAGAGAGAUAGAGAGAGAGAGAGCAGAAUAUCCUGCGACUGUCCAAGCCGAAACUUGGAAACAGAAACAUGCAGCCACUGAGAGACACGACUGAAAUCCAGUAUUUAAAGUGACAUGCCACUGGUGGAGAGACUGGCGCGCUUGGAGGCGAUGGCAUCCUUGGUGAACAUGAGCUUAUCCAACUUUUCCGACCUGGGGAACGCGGGGUCUGCGAGUGGCUCGUCGGCGCUGCGCUUCUUGAUCUCGCUGGUCUACUCGUUCGUGUGCGCGGUGGGUCUGGUGGGCAACCUGCUGGUGUUUUUCCUCAUGAGGUCGCGGCAGGGACGGAGGCCGUCCACGAUAAACUUGUUCAUCCUCAACCUGGCGGCGACCGACUUCCAGUUCGUACUGGUCUUACCCUUCUGGGCCGUGGACACCGCGCGCGAUUUCAGCUGGCCGUUCGGCCACGUCAUGUGCAAGGUGGUGCUCUCGGUCACUGUCAUGAACAUGUACGCGAGCGUGUUCUUCCUCACGGCCAUGAGCAUCACGCGCUACUGGGCCGUGGCGUCCGCGCUGAAGAACCGCCGGCGGCACUGCGCAUGCUCGGGCCGCUGGGUCAGCGCACUGCUCUGGCUCCUCGCCACGAUCGCCACGACUCCGACCAUGAUCUUCUCCGCGCAGAAGAAAGUGCUGCACGACGACCUGUGCUUGAUGAGUUUCCCCGGCGGUGACCACUGGCUCGGGCUGUACCACCUGCAGAAAGUUUUGUUCGGCUUCGUUUUCCCCAUGCUGAUCGUGUGCGUGUGCUACGUGCUGCUCCUGCGCUUCCUGCGCCUCCGCAGCAUGAACAACAACCUCCUCAGGCGCAAGUCCAGGGUCACACGAUCGGUUACAGUCGUCGUGCUCUCGUUUUUCAUCUGCUGGAUGCCGAACCAGGCCGUGACGUUCUGGGGCGUCCUGGUGAAGCUGGACGCCAUGCACUUUGACCAAGCCUACUUCUUUGUCCAAACGUACAUUUUCCCAGUCACGGCUUGUUUGGCGCACGCCAACAGCUGCUUAAACCCGGUCUUGUACUGCCUCACGAGGAGGGAGUUUAGGAAAAUGCUCAAAGACUUGUUCUGGAGGAUUUCCACUCCGUCGAUGUCGAACAGCUGCCAGAUUCGCCCGUUUUCGGGGAGUGCAAAAGGAGAGCCCGAGGACAGCCAAGCGGUGAUUCCACUUAAUGUGGUAGAAAGCGAGCAGUACAGAGUGUCUCUGUUUAAUGCUCAGUGCGACACCAUUCCUACAGCCCAUGACUCGCCUUAAAAGACAGAAUCACACAGGCGCAGGGCUCGAAUGUGCAGCCAAGAAGUUUGGCCACUGCGCCUUUUGCGCACGCACAGGUGUAAUGUUGGAGUACUGAAUUAACACCUGCAAAAUCCUUCUCGAUCUACUACAGAGAAGCAGCUCAUACAGCUAAUCAAUACGCACACAGGCUUUUAAUCAACGCAUAAAGGCAAGUCUUUGUCAAAGUAACUCGCGCAGUGCGCAUUGACUUGGAUACUUGGCUUCUUGCAGGUUUAACACCACUGAUAUGAGCUGAAACUUGGCUUUUUGGCUGGUGUCUGUAACUACUAAAUAUGUAUAUCCUGUACAUAUUCCCACUGGUGCACACACACACACACACAGAACCUGAUUUGUUGUACAGUGAAAUCUUCUGUUGUACAGUUAGAUGUUAAUAAACCCAUGCUUGAGCUCCCAGGGAUCGUUUACAUUACAUUUAUAUCCCGAGGAAACAUUUACCAACCAUAUUUGGCGAACAAUCAUUUUCAGUGUUGCAUAAACGCACUAACUGAAGUAGCGAGAAUUGAUGUCCUAGUGUUUUUCAUUUAAACACAUCUUCAUUUAUUCAUUUAUCUUUUGUCUGUGAAAUAUGUUCUUCAGUCUUCAAGCUUCUGCCUUGUCAUAAAAGUAUGCUUAUGUUCGUAAUAAUCUGACAGUUUUGCCUCAAAGGAAAUGAAUGUACACACUCUGACUAGGUUUCUGAUUGUAAUGUGAGUAAUAAAGGCUUAUCUUAUCGA